GGUGGAUUGGUCAACUGGUUGAUUGAAUGCUGUCAUCUGGUCGGCUGGAUGCUGGAUGUAGUUGUAGUUGUAAUUGUCCUGAUUGUGGACCAGCCCUAGAUAACUGAACAAUAAACAAUGAUUCAAACGAUGCCAGGUAAAUAAACAAAAGAAAAAUUUCAACUAAUAAUAAAACCGGAUUGAGUCGAUUAAAAGCGUUAAUACCGUAAUUGAAUCUUAGUUUAUUUAAAUAGGUUGAUAGCCGUUUACAGAUGGUCAAAAUUUUCCAUUAAUUAACUGAUUAUCUGAGUAUUAUCUGAAAGUAUGACAUCGUCGUAUUCUUCGAAUUCGGGGAAGGACUCGAACCCCACUAAUCAAAAGACAUAUCAUUCAGAUGAAGAAUCAAUCAAUGAGUAUCAUGGAUUUGAUGAUGCAGUUCCAGAAAUUCAACAAUUGGCUAAAACUCUUAGUCACCAAUCUUCAAUCAAAGAUAGUCAAUCUUUGAUUAAGUAUUUGAGUCAUAUGUCAGAAGUGCCUGGUGUAACUCCGUUUAAAAAUGAAGAAAUCGAUGAACUGUUAAAUCCUGAUUCUGAAAAUUUUAAUGCUAAAUUUUGGGUCAAAAAUUUACGUAAGUUAUACGAUACCGAUCCGGAUUAUUAUAAACCAAGUAAAUUGGGGAUAGCUUAUCGUGAUUUAAGAGCUUAUGGGGUUGCUGCUGAUUCCGAUUAUCAACCAACCGUGGCCAAUGCUUUGUUUAAAUUGGGUGGUUCUGCAUUAAGAAGUUUACAAAAACAAGACGAAUCCAGAUAUUUCGAUAUCUUGAAAAAAAUGGAUGCUAUCAUGAGACCCGGGGAAGUCACCGUGGUUUUAGGGAGACCAGGUUCUGGUUGUUCAACCUUGUUGAAAACCAUUGCCGCUAACACUUAUGGUUUUAAUAUUGAUCCAAACUCAAAAAUUACCUACGAUGGUUUAAGCCCCGAUGAUAUUAAUAAAUAUCAUCGUGGGGACGUGGUUUAUAGUGCUGAAACCGAUACUCAUUUCCCUCAUUUAAGCGUUGGUGAUACCUUGGAUUUUGCCGCUAGAUUAAGAACUCCCCAAAACAGAGGUGAUGUUUCAAGAGAAGAAUACGCCACUCAUAUGGCUAGUGUUUAUAUGGCCACCUACGGGUUAUCGCAUACUAGAAAUACUAACGUUGGUAACGAUUUCGUUAGAGGGGUUUCUGGUGGUGAACGUAAAAGAGUUUCUAUUGCUGAAGUUUCUUUAAGUGGUGCUAAUUUACAAUGUUGGGAUAAUGCUACUAGAGGUUUGGAUUCCGCUACCGCUCUUGAAUUCAUUCGUGCUUUGAAAACUUCGGCUGCCAUCUUGGAAGCUACUCCCUUGAUUGCUAUCUAUCAAUGUUCUCAAGAUGCAUAUGAUUUGUUUGAUAACGUCGUGGUUUUAUACGAAGGUUACCAAAUUUUCUUUGGUAAAGCUUCUGAAGCAAAAGAUUUCUUUUUGGAAAUGGGUUAUGAUUGUCCUCAAAGACAAACUACCGCCGAUUAUCUUACUUCUUUAACCAAUCCUGCUGAAAGAAUUGUCAGACCCGGUUUUGAAAAUAAAGUUCCUCAUACUGCUAAAGAAUUUGAAAAUUAUUGGAGAAAUUCUCCUCAAUAUAAAAAAUUAACCGGGGAAAUUGAUCAAUAUUUUGUUGAUGUCGAACAAAAUAAUAUUAAAGAUACUUAUAAACAAUCUCAUAUUGCUAGACAAGCUAAUCAUGUUUCUCCAAAAUCUCCUUAUACUGUUUCAUUCUUCAUGCAAGUUAGAUAUAUCAUGUAUAGAAACUUCUUGAGAGUGAAAGGUGAUCCUUCAAUUACUAUUUUUUCGAUUUUUGGUCAAGCAGUUAUGGGGUUGAUUCUUUCUUCGGUUUUUUAUAAUCUAAAACAAACAACUGGUUCGUUUUAUUAUCGUGGUGCUUCUUUAUUCUUUGCGGUCUUAUUUAAUGCUUUUGCUUCUUUAUUAGAAAUUAUGGCUUGUUUUGAAGGUAGACCAAUUGUGGAAAAACACAAAAAAUAUGCUUUAUAUCGUCCUUCUGCUGAUGCUCUAGCUGGUAUCAUUACUGAAUUACCAACAAAACUUUGUAUGUCGGUUUCUUUCAAUUUUGUCUUUUAUUUUAUGGUUAAUCUUAGAAGAGAACCUGGAAGAUUUUUCUUUUAUUGGUUAAUGUGUUUACUGUGUACUCUUGUCAUGAGUCAUUUCUUCCGUACUCUUUCUGGUUUUACUACUACUUUGGCUAGUGCUAUGACUUGUGCUACCGUUAUUUUAUUGGCUAUGGUUAUUUACACUGGGUUUGUUAUUCCAACUCCUAAUAUGUUGGGUUGGUCAAGAUGGAUUAAUUACAUUAAUCCAGUGGCCUAUGUUUUCGAAUCUUUAAUGGCUAAUGAAUUUAGUGGCCGUCAAUUCACUUGUACUAGUUUUGUUCCUACUGGUGGUCCAUAUGAUUCUGUUUCUGGUGAAAAUAGAGUCUGUAGUUCAGUUGGUUCAGUUGCUGGUUCAAAUGUUGUUGAAGGUACUCGUUAUAUUGCUGAAAAUUACUCUUAUUAUAAUAGUCAUAAAUGGAGAAACUUUGGUAUCACUUGGGCUUUUGUUAUUGUUUUACUUUUUGUUUAUAUUGGUUCAAUUGAAUUUAAUAAAGGUUCAAUGCAAAAGGGUGAAAUUAUUUUGUUUUUAAGAGGCUCUUUGAAAAAACAUAAAAAUGAAGCUAAUAAACAAAGACCAACUACUAUUGAUGUUGAAAAUCAAUUAACUAAUGAAAAACCUAGUUUCAAUGAUGAAAAAGAAGCCAUUGCUGCUUCUGCUGCUAAUUCUUCUUCUUCUUCUGUUAAUCAAAUCCCUUCUUCGAAAAAUAUUUUCCAUUGGAAAGAUUUAACUUAUCAAGUUAAAAUUAAAUCAGAAGAUCGUGUUAUCUUAAAUCAUGUUGAUGGUUGGGUUAAACCCGGUCAAUUAACUGCUUUAAUGGGUUCCUCUGGUGCUGGUAAAACAACUUUAUUAAAUUGUUUAUCUGAACGUGUUACCACUGGUGUUAUUACUGACGGGGUUAGAAUGGUUAAUGGUCACUCUUUAGAUUCUUCUUUUCAAAGAUCUAUUGGUUAUGUUCAACAACAAGAUUUACAUUUACCAGCUUCUACUGUUCGUGAAGCUUUUAGAUUUAGUGCUUAUUUAAGACAACCAAGUUCUGUUAGUAAAGCUGAAAAAGAUGCUUAUGUUGAAUAUGUCAUUGAUUUAUUAGAAAUGACUAGUUAUGCUGAUGCUUUGGUUGGUGUUGCUGGUGAAGGUUUAAAUGUUGAACAACGUAAAAGAUUAACUAUCGGUGUUGAAUUAGUUGCUAAACCUAAAUUAUUAUUAUUCUUGGAUGAACCAACUUCUGGUUUAGAUUCUCAAACUGCUUGGUCAAUUUGUAAAUUAAUGAGAAAAUUAGCUGAUAAUGGUCAAGCUAUUUUAUGUACUAUUCAUCAACCUUCUGCUUUAUUAUUAAAAGAAUUUGAUCGUUUAUUAUUUUUACAAAAAGGUGGUCAAACAGUUUACUUUGGUGAUUUAGGUGAAAAUUGUAAUGUUUUGAUUAAUUAUUUUGAAAAAUACGGUGCUCAUCCUUGUCCAAAAGAAGCAAAUCCAGCUGAAUGGAUGUUGGAAGUUGUUGGUGCUGCUCCAGGUUCUCAUGCUAAUCAAGAUUAUUAUGAAGUUUGGAAAAAUUCUACUGAAUAUCAAGAAACUAGACAAGAAUUAACUAAUAUGGAAACUGAAUUAGUUAAAUUACCAAAAGAUGAAUCUCCAGAAUCUCAUAAAAAGUAUGCUGCUCCAAUUUGGCAACAAUAUUUAAUUGUUAGUAAAAGAGCUAUUCAACAAAAUUGGAGAACUCCAAUUUAUAUUUAUUCUAAAUUCUUCUUGGUUAUUUCAUCAGCUAUUUUCAAUGGGUUUUCAUUUUUCAAAGCUGGUAAAUCUAUGCAAGGUUUACAAAAUCAAAUGUUUGCUAUUUUCAUGUUUAUGAUUCCUCUUAAUACUUUAAUUCAACAAAUGUUACCUUAUUUCGUUAGACAAAGAGAUGUUUAUGAAGUCAGAGAAGCACCUUCUAGAACUUUUAGUUGGUUUGCAUUUAUCACUGCUCAACUUACUUCUGAAGUUCCUUUCCAAUUUGUCAUUGGUACUAUUUCUUAUUUCUGUUGGUAUUAUCCAGUUGGUUUAUAUAGAAAUGCUGAACCUGCUGAUCAAGUUAACGAACGUGGUGCUUUGGUUUGGUUAUUCUUGACCUUUUUCUUUGUUUACUCCACUACUUUGGGUCAUUUAUGUAUGUCUUUCAAUGAACUUGCUGAUAACGCUGCUAAUUUAGCUACUUUAUUAUUUACUAUGUGUUUAAAUUUCUGUGGUGUUUUAGCAGGACCAGAUUUCUUACCAGGAUUUUGGAUUUUCAUGUAUAGAGCUAAUCCAUUUACCUAUUUAAUUCAAGGGGUUUUAAGUGCUGGUUUAGCAAAUACUAAUAUUGAAUGUUCUGAUACUGAAGUCUUAAGAUUUGCUCCUGCUCAAGGUAAAACUUGUGGAGAAUAUAUGGAAGCAUAUAUGAAGCAAGCUGGUGGUUAUUUGAUUGAUAAGAGUGCUACUGAUGAAUGUAAAUUCUGUGCAAUGGCCUCAACCAAUGAUUAUUUAGCAACUAUUAAUUCAUACUAUAGUGAAAGAUGGAGAAACUUUGGUAUCUUUGUUGCUUUUAUUGUUAUCAACAUGAUUCUUACUGUUAUUUUAUACUGGGCUGCUAGAGUUCCAAAAGGUAAUAGAGAGAAGAAGAAGGCAAAGACAACGUAAUCAUUCAUUCA